UGGAGCUGCAACUUGCAGAGGAAGAACAGGCUCAGCCAGAGGAGCAUUGAAACCAGAAGGCCACGAAGAAGUCAGAGGCGUCAGCCAUUCUAACGCACAGAUGGACCUUGAUGUGGUGAACAUGUUUGUGAUCGCUGGCGGGACACUGGCCAUCCCCAUCUUGGCCUUCGUAGCCUCCUUUCUCCUGUGGCCUUCAGCACUGAUAAGAAUCUACUACUGGUACUGGCGGAGGACGUUGGGCAUGCAAGUCCGCUAUGUGCGCCACGAAGACUAUCAGUUCUGUUACUCCUUCCGGGGCCGGCCAGGGCACAGGCCCUCCAUCCUCAUGCUCCACGGCUUCUCUGCACACAAGGACAUGUGGCUCAGUGUGGUCAAGUUCCUCCCUAAGAACCUGCACUUGGUCUGUGUAGACAUGCCAGGACACGAGGGCACCACCCGUUCCUCCCUGGAUGACCUGUCCAUCGAUGGACAGGUCAAGAGGAUCCAUCAGUUUGUAGAAUGCCUUAAGCUGAACAAAAAACCCUUUCACCUGGUGGGCACCUCCAUGGGUGGCCACGUGGCUGGAGUGUACGCUGCUUACUACCCGUCGGAUGUGUCCAGCCUGAGUCUGGUGUGCCCCGCUGGCCUUCAGUAUUCAACUGACAAUCAGUUUGUACAGCGGCUUAAAGAGCUGCAGGAACCAGAAGCCGUGCAGAAGAUUCCCUUGAUCCCAUCCACCCCGGAAGAGAUGAGCGAAAUGCUCCAGCUCUGCUCCUAUGUCCGCUUCAAAGUGCCCCAGCAGAUCCUGCAAGGCCUUGUCGAUGUCCGAAUCCCUCAUAACAAUUUCUACCGGAAGUUGUUUCUGGAAAUCAUCAGUGAGAAGUCUAGAUACAGUCUGCAUCAGAACAUGGACAAGAUCAAGGUCCCAACACUUAUCAUCUGGGGGAAACAAGACCAGGUGCUUGACGUUUCUGGGGCAGACAUGUUGGCCACGUCAAUCAACAACUGCCAGGUGGAACUUCUGGAAAGCUGUGGGCACUCAGUGGUGAUGGAGAGACCCAGGAAGACGGCCAAGCUCAUCGUUGACUUUUUAGCUUCCGUUCACAACACAGACGACAACAAGAAACUGGACUGAAGCCUGAACAGCAGCCUGCAUUCUGCACACAGCAUCUGCUCCUGUCCCCAAAACCUGACGCGGCCACCAACCACUCUCAGGGAUCCUGCCCCAAAUGCAGCGGUGUGCCGGCGUCCCUGAGCUGAGGAACCCGGUCCCCUAUUCCCAUCAUCCUUGGUUCCACAGAGCUUCAGAGUCCCCAGAAAAUCUCCAAGAUCUUUUUCUCAAAAUGGAAACUCACAUGGAACAAAAUAAGAAAACUCAGCCCUGAAAUCUCCUGAGAAGUCUUCAAGUUUAUGUUGCCGACAAGUUCGUGGAAGUGGCCACCCUGGACCAUGAUCAUCGAGGACGUUUUCUUUCAGACAUUCCCUGCACAUUGAGAUGAGAUAUUUUUGUUGCUUCAGGUGUCUUCCCAUGCAUGGCCAGGGGCUUCUGUAGGAGCACAGUCCUCAUUCACUGCAUCCCCCUUUGCCUAGUUCUUAAGUUUUGCAUGGAAGCCCGUGUGUGAUUGCAGUCUGUCGGCCACAGUAUCAAGGAGGAAGGUGGCAAGUUGCGUGAGGUGUUUCCGCCUUUCCCGCUGGUAUGAAUCUGUGCAGCUACACUGCUCUGGCAUGGCCAGCCCUACACCUGCCCAGGCAGCAGGACACAUGGGUGGGUGGUUUGGCACUCACGGGUCCAGUCUGCUGUGCUUUGAGUGAACCUAGGUGCAGAUGGGGAUCGCUGGACAGGGCGGGUUUCCUAGGAAUCACUUCUUAUCUUUUAAAAUAGGGCUAAUAAAGCAAUAGUGUUCUAGACAGCUAUCUAAAUAAUCAGACUCAAUUCCACACUCAAGCAGGUCAUGGGCCUCUUUUCUAUUUUGCUGUGCUCCUGAAAACCCUCGGAUGUAACAUACUAGUUUGUUAAUGAAUUCUGCGAAUUCUCUGAACAGUAAUGUGAUUGAAAAAAAUAAGUCUAAACACCUGUAAAAGUGACCACAAUGAUGUGAAAUAAGCUUAUGAAAUCUAGAUCAGCAACCUUUAAAUGGUUCCUAUUUUGGAGCUCCUAAUGAAGUGCAAUGUUGGUAGAUUUUCUAUUAACUUUAAAAUGUGUUUUUAAAAAAAGGCUUUAAGGCCAGGGAGGUAACUCAGUGGCAGAGCACCUGCCUAGCAUGUGCAAGGGGCCGGGUCCAACUGUCAGCUUUGAGAAAUAAAAGUUAAGAUUAAAUGCGUUCUGCAGGUAUUGGAAGCUUUUGCUUAGGUGCUUGAUUAGUUUCAUCUUAAUAAAUCAUGUUCGCAGCUGAGUGUGGUAGCUCACACCUAUAACCCAGCAUUCUGGGUUGCUUGGAUAAAAGGAUUGCAAGUUUAUUCAAAAGAGUGAGAAUAUAGCUCAGUGGCUGAGGUUCGAACCCUAGUAUCCUUUCCCCAAAAGAGAAAUUGUGUGUUUGCAGUUUUAUUCAAGUGAAAUUUAUCAAACCCAGAAGUCAUCAAAGUAAUGUAUUCCUUAUGACUCUCUUUUGCAUUUAGGAGCCUUAAACUUCCCACGAUCUUUAUUCUUUCAAAUCUUUUUACAGCCUGUAGCCAAGUAGUUCUGCGAUUAAGAAAGAUGAACUUUAUAGUUUAAAUGGAAAUCCAAGAUGUGAAUAUUUUAAUUUAUAAGAGAAAAGUGGAACAUAUUUUAGGAAUAAGAACAUAUGAAAAUGUGGCAUCAAACUUGUGAGAGGCAGCAAAAGCAGUGCUGAAAAGCAAUAAAUUAAGCUUCUAUCUCAGGAAGCUAGAAGAGAAAUAGUAAAGCCAGACAAAAAUGGAACAGAUGAAAACAAAAUUCAACAGAAUAGAAAAUAAAGUAGUAAGUGUUUUACUUGUAAUCUCCUAUAUUCACCAGAAAUUUGAGCUUCACGGGAGAGGGAAUCUGUUGUUCUUGGUGUUAGAUUCCUUGGGCUCACUGGAAAAGUCCCCGAUCUGGGCUUAAUCUCUCAGAUCGGCAGCCCUCCUGAGUGCAGGAAUUCUUAUGCUCAGUUGCUGGUGGGGUCAUUAAGUCAGGGACAUGUGCUGCCCACCCAGCCCGGAAGGACAGCGGGCAAGUUCUGUACAGGAUGUGGCUCAUACCCCUUCCCCUGUCACAGAAAACCUUGACUAUAAGUCAUAAGCAGAGAAUUUGAGAGUUAUUUUUUGGUAAAAUAGGUCUUCAAGGUUCUCCCAUGCCACUGCAAGUCCAGCCCCACCACACUGAGGAGACCCUUAUACCCAUUUCUUGCUUCCAUGAUUAUUACUAGCAUGCUGGUUACUGCUAGUUAGCUGGUCCCUGUAAAACCCCACUGGAGGGCUGGGAUUUAGCUUAGUGGUGCCUCACCUGCCUCACAAGUGCAAGGUCCUGAAUUUGAUCCCUGGUACAGGGGGCACGGGGGAGACCCUACUGGGCCCUGUUGUGUUUGCCUCUGAUGAAAGUCCUGGCAAAAAGAAAGAGGUCAUCCAUCUCAGCCCUUCCUGAAAAACUUCCAGAAACUUCUGAAAUAACAACGUAAAACCCCAAGAAUCCCAGCUGGGCUCUUAGAACUACUGCUUGGAGUUGGGAGCUUCUUGGCCGUUGUGGAUGGACCCUCUUGGGCAGGUGUUGAAGAAGCCAAGGGACAGACAGUGGUUAGCGUUCAGUUUGCCAUUAGCCCAAGCUUCCCGUCCAGAAUGGGGCGACACCGGGGGUGAUUAAUAUAACACGCAUCAAUGCGAUAGCACUGCCUGCCUGUCUCUCCCAUCUGAGCUCUGGUGAUUGUUUUGCAUCCUAGGAAAAUACAACUGUUGCUUUGCCUAGAGGAAGUUCCCAGAAAAUAGCGGUGAUUAGAACGUUUGCCGGGCUGGGAGAGAGGACUUCUUAUAACAUCUUAUAACUGAUGGGCUGCCUGCCUCUCCCCUCAGGGUCAGCACCACACAGGUGCACAGGGGCCUGCACUCUCCAACAGCUGGAAGCCCGGCUCUUGUGAGCCGUCGUCUUACCUCUUCUGGUGUUGUCCUUUUAACCACAGACUGGACUUUCCCAGCCAUUGGGAGUUGUUUUUCGGGGGGUGAGAAUAGUACUAGAUGGGACAGCAGUGAUGUCCUCAGAGUACCUGCCAAGAUCAGGGCCACAGAGUAAGUGCUGGGGAUGCGGUCUGACACCUCUUGGUGGCUCAGUGUCGCUGCUCUCUGGGCUGGUAACAACUGGGAGAGGCCCUGGGGCUUCUGUGCCCACAGUGGGAGCAAGCGUCUUGAGUGACUGUCACUGGCCUAAUCUAGGACAGGGAGAGGACUUCUGGCUCGGUGACUUUCCUUGCAGCAAGGUGGUGGCCCCUUUCCCUUGGCUUCUGGAGAAUCUUCCUUCCCCUUAGGGUUUCCAAUGACCUUUAGUUCUGAACCAUCAAGAUAGGGAACAGCAGGCCUAGGGCAUCCCUCGGAGGCAGCAGCUCCAGUGCGGAUGGGAGAGUGAAGGAUUCUGACUACUCCAGUGACCCAAGGCCAAGGCUGGCUGUGGAGCAGAUGACUGUAACUGGAGGACAAAGCUUGGAAAGGCCACUGUGGAGACAAUAACAACCCCUCAUCAAGGGCCUCAGGGAACAGAUGUAAUUCAAAUUCAGAAGGACUCCUAUUCAGAAAGGGAUCAUGGUAUUUACAUCCCUUAAACUCACUGUGUAGCCCAGCCUGGCCUCGAACUUGUGGCAAUCCUCCUGCCUCAGCCUCCUGAGUGCUGGGAUUCCAGGUGUGCAGCAGCACGCCUGGCAGCAUCCAUAUUUCUAAUGGGCAGCAUAAGCAUGGCUAUGAGGACAGGAGCUGACUAAGCACGGGUGCCAGAUAAAGUGAUCCGAUUUCCAGAUUUUUUUUCCUAGUGCCCCCACUACCACUUUCACUGCAGCUAAAUGACAGGAGAAUAAAAAAAGAUAGGAGCUGCAUUCCAGGUUUUAGUUCUACUGGGGUAUGGACAGUGCACAGAGGAAGAAGGAGUGGGACCAGCAGGCAGGUGUACCCCACAGCUCUUGUGCCUGUCCGUAGCUGGUCCUCAUACUGUUAUACACUACUGAGGUAGGUGGAAAUGUUCUAGGCAGUCACGGCUGGGUCCUCAAGAGUCAGGACAAUGAUAAAGCACACCACAAGUGCAGCUGGAGACCCAUCUGCUAGAGGCCAGGCCUCAAGAUAAAGACCAGACCAGAC